AUGGUCCGUGAUAAGAUGAAGAAAGCACAAGAUCGCCAAAAGAGCUAUACGGAUCACAGGAGAAGGCCAUUAGAAUUUGAUGAAGGUGAUCAUGUAUUUUUGAAGGUGACUCCGAGGUUGAGACUGAAAAUACCGUUUAAGUCAUGGAAGCUAAGUCCGAGAUAUAUAGGGCCAUACCAGAUUAUAGAGAGGAUUGGAGAAGUAUCCUAUAGAUUAGCUUUACCACCUUCUCUAUCAGAAAUGCAUGAUGUUUUUCACGUAUCUCAACUCCGAAAGUUCAUUACAGAUUCUCUUCAGCCUAUUCUUCCAGAUUCAAUAGAAGUAGAAGCAGAUCUGACUUUCGAACCUCUACCAAGUCGCAUUGCAGGACGAGAAGUUAAGGUAUUAAGGAAUAAGGAGACUCCUCUUCUUAAGGUUCAAUGGGAUGAAUCACACUCGGGUGAUGCUACUUGGGAACUGGAGUCAGAAAUGCGAGAAGCUUACCCUCAUCUCUUCCAGGUAAUAUUUAAAUUCAAGGAUGGAUCUUAUUUAAGGAGGAGGAUGUAA